AGCCUAAACUAUCUUCGGUCGUUCCUAGCGUCGAAAUGCAUUGUGGGUAAUACGUCAGCCAGCCGCCAUAUCUGUCUGAAGGAGAGAGUCAGGAGGAGUCAUGAGAGGAAUCCGGUCUCUGAACAAUAUCCCAAAACGUUGCUAUGCAGCUGCCAGGAGGAGUGAAGCUCUUACUGAACCGCUCUCAAGCCGCAAGCCGACUACCGCUGGUGCGCCCCUCUCUCCCCAAAAUGUCCAGGUGUCCAAGCUUCCAAACGGUCUGGUGAUCGCUUCACUGGAGACCUACUCCCCGUUGUCCAGCGUUGGUGUGUUUGUGAAAGCUGGGAGUCGCUAUGAGACGGUGGAAAACCAGGGUGUCUCUCAUGUAUUGCGACUGGCAGCUAACCUGACCAACAAGGAAUCGUCUAGCUUCAAGCUCUGUCGCAGUGUGGAGGCUGGGGGCAGCCUGAGUGUGACAUCAUCAAGAGAGACGAUGGUCUACAGUGCUGAAUGUUUGAGGGAUCACCUAGAUUCAUUAAUGGAGUCUCUGGUCAGUGUAACGGCAGCGCAGGACUUUCGGCCGUGGGAGGUGAGCGACCUGACGCCCCGAGUGAAGAUUGACAAGGUUAUUGCUCAGCAGUGUCCUCAAAUAAGUGUAAUUGAGAAGUUGCAUGAAGCAGCGUACAAAAACGCCUUGUCCAACUCUCUGUAUUGCCCUGACUUCAUGGUUGGAAAUGUCUCCUGUGAUCAGCUGCAGUCAUUUGUUGAAAACAACUUCACCACUGGCAGAAUGGCUCUUGUAGGACUGGGUGUAAAGCACUCUGUCCUCAGGCAGGUGGGGGAGGGGCUCCUCAGCACUCGCAUUGGGGCUGGAGCUCCUGUGGCUAAGGCUGCGUACCGUGGAGGUGAGCUGCGGGUGCAGAACAACGACCAGCUGGUACACUCCCUGAUCGCCAGCGAAAGUGGUGUGUCAGGUAGUGCAGAAGCAAACGCCUUUAGCGUGUUGCAGAGGAUCUUGGGAGCUGGGCCACAUGUAAAGAGGGGCUCCCACAUCACCAGCAAACUGAGCCAGGGUAUUGCUAAAGCUACCACACAGCCCUUUGAUGCCACAGCUUUUAAUGCCUCAUACUCUGACUCCGGCCUGUUUGGUGUUUACACCAUAGCACAAGCUUACUCUUCAGGAGAGGUGAUCCAAGCCGCCAUCGCUCAAGUACGAGGUGUUGCUGAGGGAAAUGUUUCAGAGACUGACGUCACCAGAGCCAAGAACCAGGUGAAAGCAGAGUACCUGAUGUCUUUAGAGAGCUCUGAAACUCUGUUGGAAGAGAUCGGCGCUCAGGCUCUCAUCACUGCAGCGUACCAGCUCCCUGACGCUGUUCUCCAGGCUGUAGAUGCUGUCACCCUGGACGAUGUGGUCAAGGCCGCGAAGAAAUUUGUGGAUGGCAAUAAGACCAUGGCAGCUAGUGGACACCUCAUUAAUACACCAUAUGUGGAUGAAUUAUGAGAGAAAUAUUAAGAAAAAAAGUUAUUUUAACUUGGGCAUGCUGCUGUGUCUGGCUGCUUUAAAAAAAAAAAAAGGAAGAGGACCUCAAAGCCACAGCCUUCUGCAACAAUUCAUUUAAUGUCUCCAAUCAUUUGCAGUCUGUCCUGCCAUACUUGUAAGCACCAACUGGGAGCUGGAAAACCACAAUGCAACUUCUUGUGUCCAUUUAACUGUAUAUCUAUGUAAAUUAAAGAAAUGACCGUGAUAACA